AUGGGAACUGUCAAGAGUGGAGGACUCUCAGACAGCCUCAGGCACCAUAAGUCCCCACUACGUCCAGUGGUCUGCCUGGUCUACCUCAGGCACCAUAAAUCCCCACUACCUCCAGUGGUCUGCCUGGUCUACCUCAGGCACCAUAAAUCCCCACUACCUCCAGUGGUCUGCCUGGUCUACCUCAGGCACCAUAAAUCCCCACUACCUCCAGUGGUCUGCCUGGUCUACCUCAGGCACCAUAAAUCUCCACUACCUCCAGUGGUCUGCCUGGUCUACCUCAGGCACCAUAAAUCCCCACUACCUCCAGUGGUCUGCCUGGUCUACCUCAGGCACCAUAAAUCCCCACUACCUCCAGUGGUCUGCCUGGUCUACCUCAGGCACCAUAAAUCCCCACUACCUCCAGUGGUCUGCCUGGUCUACCUCAGGCACCAUAAAUCCCCACUACGUCCAGUGGUCUGCCUGGUCUACCUCAGGCACCAUAAAUCCCCACUACGUCCAGUGGUCUGCCUGGUCUACCUCAGGCACCAUAAAUCCCCACUACGUCCAGUGGUCUGCCUGGUCUACCUCAGGCACCAUAAAUCCCCACUACGUCCAGUGGUCUGCCUGGUCUACCUCAGGCACCAUAAAUCCCCACUACGUCCAGUGGUCUGCCUGGUCUACCUCAGGCACCAUAAAUCCCCACUACGUCCAGUGGUCUGCCUGGUCUACGUCGAGGUUAGUCACUCCACCCCUCGCACCACUUCCACACCGUCACACCCCACCCCUCGCACCACUUCCACACCGUCACACCCCACCACUACCACACUUACCCUCACCUACUGUAUGGCCCCACCAUCCUCCAUACUCCAACCCCCUCUCCAUCCACUACUACCACCAUACUCCAACCCCCUCUCCAUCCACUACCACCAUCCUCCAACCCCCUCUCCAUCCUCUCCAUCCUCCAUCCUCCAACCCCCUCUCCAUCCACUACCACCAUCCUCCAACCCCCUCUCCAUCCACUACCACCAUACUCCAACCCCCUCUCCAUCCACCAUCCACCAUACUCCAUACUCCAACCCCCUCUCCAUCCACAACCACCACUAUCACCUCUCCCCAACCUACCAUCCACUACCACCACUACCCUCUCCCCAACCUACCAUCCACUACCACCACUAUCACCUCUCCCCAACCUACCAUCUAGGGUGA